ACAAAACCCUAAUCCAGCGAAGGAUCCCAUCCCCAACCCACUCCCUCGCUCUCUCACUCUGAAACAGAUCUGAAACGGGCCAAACGCAGAGGAGCUCAACGUGGCGCCUCAACCCUCUCCCUCUGACAGAGUCGCUGUCGCCGACACCGCACGGUCGCCUCUCGUCGCCGGUUCCUCUGCGUUCGCCAGCUCCUGCGCCUUCACUGCUGACGCGUCGUCUGUACCUCCGUCCACGUCGCGUCGUCCCUGCGUCUUCACUGCGUCCGCCAGCUCCUGCACCUUCACUCUGCCCGCGUUUUGCCUUCACAUCAUCAGGGUUUAAACUAGGAGUAUUUGGCACUUCUCAGGUUCUAAGCUUUUCGUCUAAAGGACUAAAGACCUUGGAGUUGCAGAAAUAAUAAUAUGGACCAGCAAAACCAAAAUAACACUCCAGAUGGUUCUGGCGAUGUGCCUUUGAAGCGCAAACGUGGUCGUCCAAGGAAGUACCCACGACCAGAUUCAGAAGACGGUUCCUAUAUUUCACAUAGUUACAGGCAAAAGCUGAAUUCUGUCAGUGGUGAGCCAGCGGUAGUACAUCCUGGAUAUCAAGGGGCUAAGGGAAAUCAACACUUUCAAAGGAAUCAAGAAAAUGAUGCCAUGAUUGGCCAGGCAGUUUCCGGUGUAAUUGAGGCAGUAUUUGAUGCUGGAUAUCUGCUCAGUGUAAGAGUUGGUGAUUCUGAUACUACUUUGAGGGGACUAGUCUUCAAGCCUGGACGAUACGUUCCUAUCUCUUCUGAAAAUGAUGUUGCUCCAGGUGUUCCAAUGAUCCGAAGAGAUGAGGUUCCCAUCCCUUCUGGAACUGCUCAGUUUCAGAAUCUUCUCCCAAAGGAAAGGAAUGAACAGCAUGCAAACAUUAAUAGAAAUGAAAUUCAUGCAAUGAAUGGGUCACCGUCACUCCCUCUUGUACCUAGACCGGCAACUGGUUCUAGUAAUUCGGUUGUCACCGUAGGAAAGAGUGUCCCUACUGUGGCAGGUCAAACUACUACUCAAAUAUCCGGUCAUAAUAUAGUCCCUGCUUUACUCCAACCUGCCAAUUUUUCAAAUGGGUUGCCAGUUUCAACUCCACCGUCUCAAGUUAUGGCCCAAGUUUCUGUAGGAAAUGGAGCACGUGUUACCAAAGAAAUUCCAGCAGCAGAUGGAAAUCAAGCACUUACCUCUCAAACUGGCCAGAACAUCUUGUCGAGCAGCAUGCAAUAUGAAGCCGUUCCACACCAUCAGUCUUCUAAUCUGCCAAAUGAAGAACUGAAAUCAAUGAGUGUGCCUAACGCACCCUUUGAGCAGUUGGUCACUGAGGUUGUCAAGAGGAUCGAAAGUCCAUCAGAUGCCAUGGAUAUUGACACUGACAACAGUAAGUCAGGUGACAAGACGCAACUGAAGGAACCAAGCUGUAGACAAGAAGAAAAAGUCAAUGACAUGAAUCAACCCGUUUUAAUUAAGCCUCUACAAGCUGUACAAUCUCAUCCUCAGAAAAAUUCCGCAUCUGCUCCCCAACCUUCUGACUUUACCAAGACUGGCAAAAUGACCGAGUUAUUGCAGAUGUUGCAGGAGAACAAACCGGAGAAUCAGGCAUCCAAAGCAGCAGAGCUAUACCAAUUGGAUGGUGUAAGUAAUUUGGGAACCGGACUCGGAGAUGGAACAACUGUUCAAUCAACAAAACCUUUAAUUUAAUCAAUUAUUUGUAGCUAAUUUGCCAGCCGGGUUAUCUAUCAUAAAUUAGGCAAAAUUUUUCUGGCAUAUUUGAAAUAUAUAUAGGUCUAGGUAUCUCAAGGGUCUUGAAUAAUUUUAAACUUGCAUAUCUAUGCCAUGUUACAUUGCUAUUAAUUAAUUUAAAUUAUAGACGCAACCUUCAAGUCGGGAUGCUAAUUACUUUAUUCACAGAGAAAUUAUGUUCAUACACAA